CGCCCGCGCCCGGUGGAAGUCGCCAGGGACCGUUAGCAGUCAGUGGUUGGCAGUUGGCGACCGUUAGCGCGCCAGCAAGCGAGGCAACGUCAUGCCUGGCGCGCGUGGCCUCGUGGUGGUGGGCGGAGCUCGGUGGGGACGGACAGCCUCUCGUAGUCCCCGUCGUAGGGCGAGGACUCGGGGCUGUCAGGUGGCUUUGGUGGAUGUUCUUGAUCAAGUUGAGGAAGUUCCCGCUUGUCCUGUUUUUCGCAGUUAUCAGGCAUGGGCGUGGAAUUUUCUGGAAGGCUUUUCUGCAUCUAUUGAAACGAUCGCGUGGUUUUUCUCUUUAAGCCUGAUAAUAGGGGUGCAUUGUGUUGAUCGCUUUUUAUGGCAAACCACCCUUGCUUUCCUGGGAAACUCACUUGGUCUAGAUUUGUUAUCCUUUUUGUGUCUCGCUUGAUCCAACUUGGUGACGUUUGGACAAGGGUCGGGAUCGUUGCUCCUGAGGGAUAUUUGGUCCUUGUAAUUUUCUCUCCUUUUUUGGAUUGUCUGGUUUAGGUAUCAGUCUAAACCUGGCCUCCUGAAAUGAGAACGUUCCUUCCUCCUCUGUCAGAAAGACUGUAGGAUCGACAUGACUUGUUCUUUAUAUGUUUGGUCAAAUUCACCAGUGAACUCACUUGGGCCUGGAGUUUUCUUUGUGGCAAGAUUUUAAAUUACAAGGUCCACUUCUGCAUCAGGUUUGGGGCUUUGCAAGUUACCAAUGUAGCACUGAGUAAACUUCGGUAAUUUCUGUCUUUUAAGGGAUUUGUCCAUUUCACCCCAGGUGUCAUAUUGUUGGCAUAAAAUUGUUCAUAGUAUUUCCUUACUAUCCUUUUAAUGUCUGUGUGAUCCAUAGCGAUGAAUCGUCUUUCACUCCUGAUAUUGAUAAUUUAUGCCUUCCCUUUUGUUUUUCUUCAUCAGUCUAGCUAAAGAUUUAUCAAUUUUAUUGAUGUUUUCAAAAAACCACCUCUUGGUUUCAUUGAGUUUUCUCUAUUCAUUAUUUUCUUCUACCCUUUUUUGGGUUUGAUUUGUGCUUUCUAACUUCCUAAGACAGAAAGUUAGAUGAUGAAUUUUAGAACUUUCAUUAUGUUUAAUAUAAAUAUUUAAAGCUAUAGAUUUCUCGAAGCUCUGAUUUAGCUACAUCCUAUAAAAUUUGACUUGUAUUUUCAUUUCAUUUGAUUUCUGAUUCCUUUUGUGAUUUCUUCUUUGACUCAUGCCAUUUUUUUUAAAGAGGUCUGCUGUUUAAUUUCCACAUAUUUGGGGAUUAUCUGGAUAUUUUUCUGUUAAUGAAUUCCAAUUUAAUUUUGUUGUGGUCAGAGAAUAAAAUCUGGAUGAGUUCAGUCUGUUAAGAUUUAUUGAGGUUUUCCUCCCUACAUAUGGUCUCUUUUCAUGGAUGGUCCCCAUGUGGCUGGAAGCAAUGGGUAUCCUACUGUUGUUGGCUGGGGCCCAAUGCGAUUUUGACCAGUGUGCUUUUGUUUCGCUGGGUUGGGUCUGUCAGUCUAAUUGACAGCCUGUACCUCACCUGUCCCUAGAUGCACAGGAUAUCUAUCAUUCCUUCUUGAGAGUUAGGGGAGACACUCAUUCCCUAAAUAUUCAUCACUUCCUCAUCUGGCGCUCAUUGUUGGGAAUGGGAACGGUCCCAGGGAUUUGUUGGGUAGGUGGGAAGAGAGGUCCUCAGAAACAAGAGCAUGUGACGCAGCGGCUGGGAGCCUCGGCCAGGCGUCCUGUCAGGGGCGCAGAGGAAAGGUGCCUGGGGCGGGAGGGAUUUGCCGCGGGAGUUUCCACUCACAGGACCAUCCCUAUAUCCGUCAGCCUGAACCUCUCCCCUGGCUUCUGGACUCUUUGACUCAGCUUUUCACAGAUCUACUUGGACAUCCUGAAGGCAUCUUCACACCAUCAUUGAGGUGGGCCUCCCGGCGCUCCCUCUGCACCGCGUCACCCCAGUCCUCUCCAUCUCUGAGAGGUGGUCCACCCUUCUUGUCACCUGAAGUGCUGGCCCUCUCACAUCACUCUGACUGCAGAUCAUGGUGGUUCUUCUAAAUCUAUCCAGAAUCCAGCCACUUCUCACUGGCUUCACGGUCCCACCUCAUUCCCAGCCAGCACCUGCUCUCACCUGCUGCCCCUCAGCCUGUCCACCCAGCGGCCAGUUGCUUCUCUGCCCAGAAGCCUCCAGCGGGUCCAUCUCAGAGUCAAAGCUGAGGUUGUCUUAACACCCACAGGUGCCCCAUAUCUAGAUGCCUCACCUGCUCCUUAACCCCAUGCCCCUCACCCUCCAGCCUGGCCAUCUCGAGCCCUUUGCACCUGCAGCACCUCUGAUCCAGCUCUCUGUGAGACCCCCCUCCUCACCUUGUGCACGUCUUUACUCAGACGCCUCCUUCUCAGUGAGGCCUGCCAUGACCCCCCAGCAGCAGCCCCAUUUCCCUCCCUAUUUUCCAUCGUAGAGAAAGUCAAGUGCGUCAUCAUAGAGCACACUAGUGUAUUUAUCUUAUGGGCUCCUGUGCCCCCAUUAGAACGUAAACUCCAUGUGGGAAGGACCGUGGCUGGCGCAGUUCACUCUGUAAACGUCUGCUCAAUGGCGAGUUAUGUUGAAGCGUUGGUGGGGCCUUGGCAGGCGGGAAAGGGAGUAAGGCAUUUUGGGAACAAGGGUUUGUUUGAAGGUGGUCUGAAAGAACAGGACUUGUUCUGGAAACUAGUGUUGCCAACAGAAACCAGGAAGCACGUCUCAGCGACUAUGUAGGACUCUGGGGACUCGAGGAGUUUGUUCACAGUCUGACUCAAGGCGGCUUGUUUGUAUUCCUUAGAAAAGAACAACUUCUGAAAGGCACAGAAUCAUGAAGUCUACUUAACAUUUUUCUUCAAUCAAAAAGAAACACGAAGUGUCCAAUCCUGUCGGACCAGUUCCUACUAUUUCUGUUUGUCACUUUAAAAGAUAGUCAAUAAAGAAGUUUGGGAGGUUUUUCAAUCUGUUCAAAAUCCCCUUUUCACUUCACAGGGUAUAGUUUGUGAAAAUUAAUUCUGAUCCUUCUUGCUUGGUUGAAACUCUAAGACGACAGAGCAUCCCAUGAUUCAAAACCAGUGCUCUUCUCAAGUUUUAUGUGGGUUCAUGGUCUCAGGAGCUGGUUUUUCAGAAUGUUUUGUUUUGAGCCAUUUUACGGUUCCCGUUUGCACAAAGAAUCUGUCACUGUAACCGUUGUGGCGCCAGUGUCUCUGGGUGAAGAACAUUCCCAUCCUUUUUCUUUGCUCAGUGAGCAGAAAUAAAGGGUGCAGUGGGACACAGGGGCCUGCAGGAAUCGCUGGGUCAGAAUGCCAAGCCGUUCGAGGGCCAUGCCAGCCAAGUUGGGGUGCAAGUGUGUAUGUGACCUCGUGAAGGAGGUCUUCCUCGUAUGAUCGCGGGGGAUGGAGACAGGCUGCUUGAAAGGAUGUAUAAUGAGGCCUUUGAGUGCAGUUAUUUGUCUCCUAAACAGAGCACGUGGUGCUCUGGCCCACUGGGAUUCUGUGCUUGGUAGAAUUCUCUUAGGUACACUUCUUUCUUCCGUGAUGCCCGCCCUAGUGCCCAUGACCUCACUGCCAGGAGUGGAACUGAGGAGGCCCCUUCAUCCCUAGUGGAGUUAAGACUGAGCAAUGCUCUGAGCCAGCAGUUACACAACCACCACAGAACUUUCCAGGGCCCCCAGCUUCAUCUCCUCAUUGAAAUUCAGGCAGUGGUUCUCCUCCCCUGGCGUAAAUGCAGUUUUGCUGGGCUUUUGUUCAUCUGUGAAUAGUUCUUGCUGGAAGCCCACGGCAGGAUGACUCAGUAGCGGGGAGCCCCUCACCCAGAGACGGUGCUCCCAUCGCAGAAACAACCAGAAGACAACAAAGGAAAGCAGAGGAGACUGCGAGCUCCAAGCACAGCUGUCGGGUGGGCACUAUCAGUGUCUGUCCCUAGCACCAUGACGCGGGAGGAACAGUGCAGGGAGGAGCUCAGCUACGACCGGCUGCCCACCCUGGAUCGGGGAAGGCCAGACGUGGGAAGCCGCACCCCAGACACCAAGCCCGAUGCCCUGCCGCUGUCAUCAAGGCUGCCCUCUUGCUUCAGCCACAGAACAUGGGUCUUCUCUGCGUUGAUGGGGAGUUGCCUGCUUGUGACCUCGGGGUUUUCCCUCUACCUGGGAAAUGUGUUUCCCUCUGAGAUGGAUUACUUACGUUGUGCUGCAGGCUCGUGCAUUCCGUCUGCAAUUGUGAGCUUUGCUGUUUCGAGGAAAACCAUCAACGUGAUUCCCAACUUUCAGAUAUUAUUUGUUUCCACGUUUGCUGUCACCACGACGUGUUUAAUCUGGUUUGGAUGCAAACUUGUCUUGAACCCAUCAGCAAUAGACAUAAAUUUCAAUCUGAUUCUGCUCCUUCUGCUGGAGCUUCUGAUGGCGGCCACAGUGAUCAUCUCUGCACGGUCCAGCGAGGCACAGUGGAAGCAGAAGGGUUCCAUCUCUGACAGCACCAGCAUUUUGUAUGAAGUGACAUUUCCUGCUCGGGUUCUGAAAUCCUAUUCAGUCAUUGAGGUGAUUGCUGGCAUCUCCGCCGUCCUGGGAGGGGUCAUCGCCCUGAACGUGGAUGACACUUUGUCGGGCCCGCACCUCUCAGUGACCUUCUUUUGGAUCUUAGUGGCCUGUUUUCCAAGCGCCAUUGCAAGCCAUGUGACAGCGGAGUGUCCCAGCAAGUGUCUGGUGGAGGUGCUGAUUGCCAUCUGCAGCCUCACGUCCCCGCUGCUGUUCACAGCCUCUGGAUACCUGUCGUUCAGCGUGAUGAGGAUCCUGGAGAUCUUUAGAGACUACCCACCGGCCAUCAAGCAAUCCUACGACGUGCUCUUGCUGCUUCUGAUGCUGGAGCUGCUGCUACAGGCAAGCCUCAACACAGGCACCGUCCUCCAAUGCGUGAGCUUCAAGGUGGGCGCGUCCUGGGACGCCACGCAGCCUGGCCAGCAGGAGUGCCCGUCGGGAGAGGUGUCCAGAAGCCCCCUGAAGGAGUUUGACAAGGAGAAAGCCUGGAGAGCUGUCGUGGUGCAAAUGGCCCAGUGACGCGGGAGGGGAGCCUGAGCGUGGGCCGGCCUGGCCCCAGCACCCUGAGUUGCAGACUGGUGUCCCCAAGCCCCUCCUUUCCAACUCGCCCUUCCCCUUGUGAGGGUGGGCCGGGCUUCAGGUGGUUUUCACUUGUUAUUAGUUUAAUUUUGAAAUAGGCAAAUGUUGACCAUUUGUGCUUAUUGGAUGGUGAGUUCAGUGCUCCCAACGUGGCCCGACCACAGGGGCAGUGGCUCCGGCCCCCAGGUGGGAAGGGGCUCAGGGUGGAGCUGGACCAUCCAGGCGCUGCUGUUCAGGGAGACUUGGAUCUCUGGGUUUCCAUUUUGUGGCCGGCUGCCCUGCCCACUUUGGUGAGCACAUAUUGUAUCCAGCCAGUAGACACUCUGUGCUCAGCCCUGUGUGGAUGCACCCAUUUUGGUGUUUCUCUUCCGAGAGGUGCUCAGAUGGAGGAGCCAAGCCUGCUGGGCACUGUCUCCUUGACCAGCAGCCCCACCCCCUGCACAGGGCUCUGCCUACGUGAAUCCAUGGUCCCAGCCUGCCCUCCCUUCUUACUCAAGCCAAGUUAUUCAGGAAGGACCCCAUCUGCUCAGUGGCACUGGUCUGUGUCCGCAUGUCCUGCAUGGCGUGUGGAGACCCAGCUCAGCAGCUGCUCAGUCUGCACAUGUCCCUGGGUCCCCAGCUCCUGAGCCCGAUGUCAACACCCACGCGCAGAUGGACCCCUGUCUGCUGUGACAGUGCAGCGUUCUUUGGGUGGGGCUGUGUCUAAGGCUUUGAAAACCAGCUGGACCACUUCUCAGUGUCUCGAUGGCCUUGGGGACCUGGGCAAGGCUGGGCCCUCUCUCCUGCCGUGGUGGCUCUGCUCCCACUCCCAGUACUUGGCUAGAGUGCAGGAAUCCUCACAGGCGUCCCGGGGCCUUUUCCAGUCCUCUGUCUCCUAACAAGUAGGUACCUAAUCCUUACUCACCAGAGAUCUAUCCCAGACUAGGCGUCCCCUCUGUCUGCCCCUGCCCCCUGCCAGACAGCAGGGACGGUUUGGGUGUGAGAAUAACAUUUGUUUUGGUUAAAAUAAUAGCCAAGAAUUAGUUUGUGUGCCAUCUUCCUGUCCCUGAGUUCACCUGGAAUCUUCUAGAAGAACUGUUAGCUGAGAAGGGCUAGUAACUCCAGGAGUCGGGCGCCCUUGUGAGAGCGCAGUGUCCACGGCUGUAGGAGUUGCUUUCGGGCAGCACUUUCAUCGCAGGGGUUGUUUUUUUCCUUCUGUAGCAGGAGGUGAGCAGCACCGUGCUGGGAGACGCUAACUUUGCUCUUUACUAAGUUGAGGGACAUUCAUGCAGCCUUGGGCUGGCCGUCUAGACCUGGUGAGGGGAUUCGAGGAGCCUCCCUGGUUUCUCACUUUUGAGCAGGAGUGACUGGCUCCAGGGUAUCCUCACAGCACUUGUGACAAGUGGGUCAUCAUUUUCAGUCAGACAGCAGGAGCGCAGGUGAGACACUUGAACGGCGGGUACUCUGACGUUGCUCUGUGAGGGGCCAGACCAGCCCCUCUGCUGUCCUCGGCAGCUGCAGAAAGCAAGGACAGUGUGAGGGGCUGGGCUGCAAAUGCCUUCGCCAUGUCCCCAGCAAUGUGCACGCAGGAGGCGGCUCUCCUGCAGACCCCACAGCAGCAGGGCCACGUCCCUUCCCGUGGCUCCCAGCAGGUGGCAGCUGCUCUGGGGCCUGCGAUGGGAGCCCCAGGGGCAGCGCGGGCAACGCUGCAUCUUCUUGGGGUCCGGAAAGCCUGAGUCUUAGAGCCAGAAUUAGGUGCCCAGGGCUUAAUACUGGCUCGCACUUUCUUAUGUUAGAGAGAGCUUGAAAACUCCAGACAAAUGGCAUUUAAAAAACUUAUAAUUCUGUCUCUGUCAGUUGACAUUUUUGUUUGACACAGUUUAAC